AUGGGUGCAGUCCCCAACCUGGUGCCGGCCCCUUUCCUGUUGCUUCUCUGCUGUAGCAGGAAACCCUUGUCUUUCAGGCAGUGCAGCCAUGCUCUGGGCACCCUGAUCGCACAGAAACCCAUGGGGCACCCCAGACUCGCAGCCCUGCUCCUGCCUCUCCUCCUGCUGCUCAUCAGCCUCUCUGCCCCUGCUGGGAUUGGCUGUCCCCACCUGCCUUUCUGGAGAACCUGCCGUCUGCUGGCCUCUCACGUGGAUGACAGUUUCACCGGACCUUCUGCCAGUAUUCCUUGCCGUACCCAGGUGGCCCUCCGCUCCACAAAGCCUCGGUGUGCUGGGCAUUGCUCCUGCUCUCUGUGCCUGCAUCUGCUGUCAGAUCCCCCGGGCCUUCAGCGGGGCUGCUUCCACCUCCUCGUGCAGAAAUCCACAAAGCCUUCCACGUUCAAGUUCUGUAGGAGACACAAGAUGCCAGCAUCUGCUCAGAGGAAGCUGCUGGGUAUCUGUUGCCUGUCUGGGAAGAGCCAUCGUACUUCCAUCCCCUCCCCAGACAUCUCCCACAAGGGGCUGCGCACCAAAAGGACCCAACCUUCGGAUCCAGAGGCAGUGGAAAUGCUCCCCAGACUGGACACACAAAUGCAUAGAGGGCCUGAGUUCUCCUUUGAUUUGUUGCCUGAGGCACGGGCUAUUCGGGUGACCAUUCCUCCAGGCCCUGAGGUCAGCAUGCGUCUUUGUCACCAGUGGGCACUGGAGUGUGAAGACCUGAGCAGUCCCUUUGAUGCCCAGAAAGUCGUGUCUGGGGGCCACGCUGCAGAACUGCCUUAUGAAUUCCUUCUGCCCUGUCUGUGCAUAGAGGCUUCCUACCUCCAAGAAGACACCGUGAGGCGUAAAAAAUGUCCCUUCCAGAGCCGGCCUGAAGCCUAUGGCUCCGACUUCUGGAAGUCAGUGCACUUUACUGACUACAGCCAGCACAAUCAGAUGGUCAUGGCCCUGACACUCCGCUGCCCACUGAAGCUGGAGGCCUCCCUUUGCCAGAAACAGGAUUGGCACACCCUCUGCGAAGACCUCCCCAAUGCCACGGCUCAAGAGUCAGAGGGGUGGUAUGUUUUGGAGAAAGUGGACUUGCACCCGCAGCUCUGCUUCAAGUUCUCGUUUGGAAAUAGCAGCCAUGUUGAGUGCCCCCACCAGACUGGGUCUCUCACAUCCUGGAAAGUGAGCAUGGAUACCCAGGCCCAGCAGCUGAUCCUCCACUUCUCCUCGAGGAUGCACGCCACCUUCAGUGCUGCCUGGAGCCACCCAGACUUGGGGCAGGACACCUUGGUGCCCCCUGUGUACAGUGUCAGCCAGACCCAGGGCUCAAGCCCCGUGAUACUAGACCUCAUCAUUCCCUUCCUGAGGCCAGGGGGCUGUGUCCUGGUGUGGAGGUCAGAUGUCCAGUUUGCCUGGAAGCGCCGCUUGUGUCCUGAUGUCUCUCACAGACACCUGGGGCUCUUGAUCCUGGCACUGCUGGCCCUCACCACCCUAUUGGCUGUUGUUCUGGUUCUCAUCCUCCGCCGCCCACUGUCAGGCCCGGGCCGAGCGCGGCCGGUGCUGCUCCUGCACGCUGCGGACUCAGAGGCGCAGCGGCGCCUGGUGGGGGCGCUGGCCGAACUGCUGCGGGCCGCGCUGGGCGGCGGACGCGACGUGAUCGUGGACCUGUGGGAAGGGAGGCGUGUGGCGCGCCUGGGCCCGCUGCCGUGGCUCUGGGCGGCGCGGGCGCGCGUGGCGCGGGAGCGGGGCACGGUGCUGCUGCUGUGGAGCGGAGCCGGCCCCGGCCCGGCCCGCCGCCCCGACCCCCGCGCCGCGCCCCUGCGCGCCCUGCUCCGCGCCGCCCCGCGCCCGCUGCUGCUCCUGGCUUAUUUCAGCCGCCUCUGCGCCAAAGGCGACAUCCCCCCGCCGCUGCGCGCCCUGCCGCGCUACCGCCUGCUGCGCGACCUGCCGCGCCUGCUGCGGGCCCUGGACGCGCGGCCUUCCGCCAGAGCCACCAGCUGGGGCCGCCUCGGGGCGCGGCAGUGCGUGCGGGGCCGACUGGAGCUGUGCCGCCGGCUCGAACGCGAGGCCGCCAAACUUGCCGACCAAGGCUGA